GAAAAAUUGAAUCUACUUUAACAUUCGGAGAAAAAAAAAUUUACGAAAUUUGGAUAAAAUACAUGAUAUUUCACUAACAAUGAUAAGUAAAAGAAAGGUUAUUUUGUACGAUAUACGAGGGUUCCUUGAUGGGUGCGACCGUACCUGUAUCUGCAACUUCCGUAGCGACGAUCUGAAUGUUACGACAACGACGGCGUUGAUCUAGCAUCGACGCCAGGCGCUGCGUUUUACUCGAUUUUCAAAGAAUUGUAAGUUUCGAGUACACCAACAACAGGCGGCGCAGAUCGCAAUAAAUUUACUUUCGUGUACGGCUGUGCUGUUGCAAAUGCGAAAAACUGAAACUAUGAGUUCGCUUAUUUGCGAGGAAAUGAAAGUGACGGCUAUGCCCGUUUAGUUUCAUUUUGUUGCGUGUAUGUGUAGUAAACGAUGUAACACAGUGUGACUGAUGGAAGUGGGGGUAUUGAGUCUCUGCAUUUUUGAUGUGCUUCUAAAAACAAAAUCACGUUAAAAGAAACUUGCAGCCUCUCAUUGUUGAUUAUUGACUGUUAUUCUUUUAAAUUUUCUGCGUGACAUGUUUAAACGUCAAUACGUAAUUGUAUUAUGAAUCAUACCGAUGUUUCUACUAUAUUAAAUAUUAUGUUACAACACGUGUACGAUUAUUACUGACUGUUUAAUAAGAUUAUUUUUAAUGAAAAUUAUGGCCCAUUCUACACAGGACACGAAUAUAAGCAGUUCUUUUACCUUGAUUGGCAAUUUAUUAAACGAUAAUUCAUUGACUAAUAAAUAUUAUCAUUCUAAUAUAUCAUGAGAGUUUAGAAAAAGAAAUAAUAAUGGAUGAAAAGGAUGAGAUAGAUUUAAUAUGGAUAUGCAAUAGUCCUAUCAAUGUUUCAAAGAAAUAUGAAAAUCAAGAACAUGAGGAUAAUGGCCUCAUUGAUGUUAAAUCAUCUGAAAAUAUAUUUCCAUGGCUUAGUAAAUUUAAUAAAAUAAUGUGUUCAUCUGUGGGACAUAGAAAUUACCAAUUGUUAAAACAUUUACUUUUCCUUUACACACAAAAUAUUUUAACCAGUAUAAAUACAUAUUGUGAAAAGACACUAGAUAUGAUAAAAUUAAAAACUCAUCUAAGUAACACACUAAUAUUUUUUCAUCUUUACUGGAAUGAUAUUAAAGAGCAUGUUAGCGAUUGCAACUUAUAUUUAAGUGAGAUGUCAGUGAUAUUGGGAAUAUAUAUAGAUAUAGAACUCAAAACUUCUAAACACACUAUGGAUUCUUCUAAACUUGCUUCAAAACUUCUUUCAGCAUUAUGGAUAUAUUUAAGUAAUUCAGAGAAGCAUAUUUUCAGAGUGCUGCUUAAACUAAAGUUUACUACUAAAAAAUAUGCAAAAGUUUGUGACCUUAUAUUUAUGAAAAGUUUUGCUAAUUUUACAAAGAAUGUAGAUUCUUUGACAGAUGUAGAUUAUGUCAGGUAUUUGCUUUUUUUAAAAGUAUGGAAAAGGGUAAAAGAAACUGUUGAAGAGAAAAGGCAAUUGAAUAAGAAGGCUCUAACGAUAUUAGGUCCAUGUAUCCCAAAAAUGCGUGAUGAAUUAUUAAACAUCAUACCUAAAGCACCCACAGGGCUUGAAAAUGAGACUAUUUGGCUAUUGCAAUCAAAUGCAUUUGACUUAAAAACUGCAUGCAACAAUUUUUUAGUAUUUGAAGAAACAAUGUUUGCUGAAUUUAAAGAAACCCCCUUAACAAGAACUUCUGAGCUGAAUUUCCAAUUAUCACAAAAUUUGUCAUAUGAUGUACACAAAUUUUUUGCAAGUUAUGAAUUGAAGAAAAGUCAUAUAGGUAACUUAGAAAAUAAUUAUUCCUUUGAAGAGAACAUGAAAAACAUUAAAAUUAGCAAUCAACAACUUUCUCUACCAAGAAAAAGAAACAAAUUUGAGAAGUAUAAAAAAACAUCGAAAUUAAAACCUGGAGAGGUAAUUUUAAUUAAUUUAGCUGAGGAAGAUGAAUUAGGAAUUGACAAAAAGAAAAAGAAAAGAAGGUGUCAAAGAAAUUUAGAGUGGUUAAAAAUGGCAAAGAAAAAAUAUAAAGUACAGAAACAAAUUGAUGAAAUAAAAUAUAGAGAUCAAAUAGAAAUUGCAGAUAACUUCAAAAAUUGUUCUAACAACAUUCUUCUAGGAGAUUUACCAAUUUUAGACAAUAAUGUUAGUGAAAGUACAGCAAGUUGUACUUCAACUGAACAAAAAUCAGUUAAAAAUAAUAUUGUUAAUUUGGAAAAUAUACUUAAUCGUAUAUUCGAUAAGAGAAAUACUGAAUUGAAAUGUAUGUUUCAACAUAGGUGGUGUGAUACAUGUACUUCAUCGAUAAAACAAACUGAUGUGCAAUGCAGUAAAAUUCUAUAUUUACUGAAAUUUCUAAGCACUGUGGGACAAAAUACUAAAGAACCAAAAGCCAUAUUAAAUCUACUGAGAGAAAGUAGGGAUGAAAAUAUGUCUUCUGAAUAUAGUUUUUCUUUUAGAAACACAGCUAAUGAAUCUAAUGAAAUAAAUACUCAGGGUAAAGAAUUGUUUUCUCAGCCAAAAAGUUCCAUAAAGACAAUAUUCUUGUCAAGCGAGUGCCAAAAUAAUAUUACAAAUGUACAAUCUAUGAAACAACAAUUGCCAAUAGAUACAGAUUGUAAUGUGAUAGAAGAAAAUACUUAUUGUCAAACUGAAUCUGCUUAUGUACAAAAUGAUGAUCAUUUACAUAAUUUACGAUCUAUGAGUGGUCAUAAUUCACAAGUGGUAGAGACCAUGAAAAAGAACAUUGUUCAGGAUAUUCAUGAAUGUACAGGAUGCUGUAAGAAGAUUGAUGUAAAACCUUUCUCCUACCAUAACAAUAGUAUAUUUAAUACAAUAAAGAAGGAAGAUGUAACGCAUAAUACAAUAGAUAAUAAUACCAUCGAUAAAACAACAAUUUGUGACAAAAAUAUAAUGUGUAUGCUAAGUGAUCUUGACAAAUGUAUGGACGUAUUAAAUCGUAUUGGUGAACAUAUUAUGACCAUUUAUGCAGAAAAACAGCGCCUAGAAUGUUUAAACAAAAUGGACAUAUGUACUGUUUCUACUACAGUUUUGGGAAAUCAGUGUGCAGAAUCAUCAUCAUCAUCAUUGUCGUCGUCAUCAUCAGAUUGGAUACAAAAUAUUAAUUCAUUAACAAAUACAGAGAAACUUAGUAAGAUUUUGGAACUAUAUGGAAAAAAGGACUUAUUGAAUGUAUGUAACUGUCAAAAUCUUCAUUUUUUAAAUGAAUUUCAUAAGUCAAUCCCUCAAUCAAAAGAAUAUCAUUCUUAUGGAAAAAAUAAUAUUUUUUCUGGAAAUAAACCAUCUUCAAACCUCAUUUGUAACCAUAUAAAAUCCGAAUUUGAACAACCUAUUAAGAAAGAAAAUGAAAAUCUUGAAAUUCUAAAAAAUAAUAUACAAGACACAGAUCAACAUAAAAUUAAUGUACUAACAAAUAAUCAAACUUGUGACAUAUCUUUUACACAUAAUCUGGAAAAUACUAAAGAAUCAAAUCAAGAUAUGCAUUGGGAAUCUACAUUACAAAAUUUGUCACAAGAAGCUAAUAUAGAAGAAUCACAUUCCAUAGAGGAAUUUGAAAAUAUCACUAUCUUUGAUAGUAUUCUGAAUGGUGAUGAACAAGAAACUAUUGAAGAUGAACAAAAAAUUUGGGGAGAUUUAAAAUCACCAUUAAUCUAUGAUAAUUCGGAUAGUCUAUUAAAUUGCAUUACAGAAUUUUUUUCACAGCCUGAACAUUUGCAUACUAACGAAAUGGAAGAAAAGUAUAUAUUGUCAGAUGCAGAAGAUUCUCAAACAUUAUUAUCUGAAGGCAGCUUUGGAAGAAUUGGAAUAUUAAAUUUUUUAUUUGAUUUUUAUUUAACAGAUAUGGACUUUCCUUCGAAUAAUCUUAUGCAUUCAAAUAUACAAGCAGUUAAUCCUCGGUUGAUUGAGAAAACUUUUGAAGAAAAGACAGCUGAAAAGAAUGAUUUAGAAAAUACACUUUCACAAGAGGAUAAGGAAUUGUGUAGCAAUCAAAAUCAUUCUGUUAAUAAUAGCGUGGAUAUGAUUGGAUUUGAAUUGAACACAAGUAGAGAAGAAGUGCUUGAAUUUCUUCCAGUAAUUAAAAGUACACCUUCAUUCUCUGGUCAAUCAAUUAAUUUAGUUAAUUCAGAUAGCAUACUUUCUGAAGAGAAAGAAUCGUUUCCUAAAUGCAGUCUUUCUAGUCCUACUGAUAAGUUUAAUGUUGGUAGUCUUAAAGAAACAUUUUAUAUUUUUCAAAAGGAAGAUACUAUUAAUCAAACUCAAUCAUUCAGUGAUAUAAAAAAUGAACAUUUACCUGAAAUUUGUAUUUCCAACAACAUUCCAUCAGAUGAAUCUAUGAAUUAUAUAUUGAAUCAACAAGAGAAUGAUAUUCAUUCAUUGCAGAAGUAUACAUGUGUAGAACUUGAAACUAGUCCUUUAGUAGUAAAAGAAUCUUUAGAUUCUUGUGAUUUAUUGUCUUCCACAGAUUUAAUAUCAUGUAAUACCGAUACAACACUACAGUGCAUUGAACAAACAGAUGAAAGUUCUUUAAGACAAAAAAAUUCUCAGGAAAACAUGCAAUACAAUUAUGAAGAAAAACAAAAUCAUAUUAUGAAAUGUAGAACAGAAAUUAGUGGUCAUCUACAAUCCAGAUCACCUAAACAGAUAUUAAAAUGUAAAAAGAAAAUUAAAAUAAAGAAAAAAGAAAAGCAAUUAUUUUCAUCUAUUGUUCAAUCUAAUCAGAAUGAAUUGAGUUUAAGAUGUUCACAAAUUACUAUUGUUAAUCCUUUGGAUUAUCAAGAUGUGCAAAAUACAUGUGAAUCAUCACUAUCUACAUUUCACAUGUCAUAUUGUCAAAGAUCACCUAAAAAUGGAAAGAAACAACUAAACUGUGCAAAUGUUCAACAAUCGAAGCGUAUGUCUCAACAGAAGCAACAAAUAGUAUUAAAUUUUCAUGAAGAUUCUAUGGUGAAUUCAAUCUACAAGGAAGAUUCUAAAUUACAAAAUCUCCAGUGCAUCAUGGAAGAUAAUAUCUCGGAAGAUUCAAGAAUGUUAAAUGUACCAGAAAAAUCAUAUACAACUGAAGAUAAAUCUCAUUUCAAAAUAUCAAAUAGAAAUACGAACAUUGAUACUAAUAUUACAAAAGCAAAUUUUAUAACAGAUAAAGACAUAAUUGAAUUUUCAAAUAAUAUAAAGUCUGCUAAGUGGACAUCACAGAAUAUAAAUAAACAGCCAUCAAAUUCUAUUAAAGAACAAGCAAUUUUAGAUGAAGAUAUACCUUUGAAGAAAAGAAAAUUAACUUCAAAAUUUUCAUCAACUGUAAACACAAAUACAAGUGUUAGUUCUGUAAAUCAGCAAAAAAUGCGAAGAAAGCAUUAUGUUUCUACAAAAAAAGGUGUGAUGUAUACAAAUAAAUUGAAGAAUAUAGUAGCGCAAAAUAAUGAUAAAAUAGAAACAAAUUCUACUGAAACAAUGGAGAAGGUUGAAGCCUCUCCCGUUAAAGGAAUAUCAAAUUACGAGGAGAAACAGGAAUCACCAGGUGCACUACUCGAAAUUUCAACAGUGCAAAAAAAAUUUGAAUCGCAAAUGGUACCGAAAUCAUUAAAAUGUACAAAUAUUGCACAAACUGAAUUCUGCGCGCGACCAGGAUUGGAAAUUUGUAAUUACGACAAAAUAAAAGAGAAUGUAAGAGAAAAUACAUCAAACAUCACUAACAUUAAAGAAUCUAUUUUCGAAUCUUUUCCUAUGAAUGAGAAAGAUAUUUCUAAUGCAAUUAAUAGAACGUGAUUGAAUGAAAAUAUUGGAAAUAAUGGAAUUUCUUAUAUUGGUGCAAACUUUAAGAAGCAGAAUAUAAUAGACGAUAAGUGGGAUAAUAAUAUUUGCAAACAUAUUAAUAAAGAUGUGCCCUAUGUAUCUAAUGAAGUAUUUGGUGUGUCAUCGCAGAUAAUAUGCGAAAUGAUAUAAUAAUUUGCAUAAAGUGGCAGAUAUUUAUCAACCACUUUACCAUUGAUCUAUAAAAAUUGUGUUGGCAAUAUAGAAUUAUAUGUGUCAUAUAUGUAUUGUACAUCAGUAUUAUGUAGUUUACAAAUUAAUGUACACAAUUUCCCUUCAUUCGCACGUCAAAUUGAGUAGCCCAUGUAAAAGAUUGUAUUGCUGCUAAAUUGCACUACUAUAUUGUCGCACAUUGCAAACAGUGUAUACAUCUGGCGACAGAUAUCCAUAUGUUUUGUACCAGAAUAAUUCCUAUUUUUUCUCAGUGCACUCAUCAAUACCAAAAUCUUAUCCAUUAUUGUGUAAAAUGGAAAAAUUCCUUUACAAAAUAAAACAUUGGAGACACUUGGAGUAUAGUAUGACUUGAAAAGAAUGUUUAAAGAAGAUACGAAAAAUAAGUUGCCCUUUUAAAAAGGACAUGCUACAGCUUACGGAAAAAUGCCAAUGAAAGUUGAAAAAAUAGACAGUUAUUCAGCUAUACCUAAGAUAGAUUGUAGCUGCUGUAAAAGCGUUAGACGGUACGCGAAAGAAAUCCGAUGAAAUUGUUAAAUCCGAAUACGAACUAUCUCUUGUGAAAAGAAAAAACCGCAUGGUGAUUAUUACUGCAGUUUACAUUUGAUAGAAAGAAAUUAUAAUAAAGACGUACACGUUGCCAGUUCGCAUCAGAAUCUCGCGAAAAAAAGACUAAAGCUCACUGUCCACAAAUCACUAUAUCCGUUUAUAGUUGCAACAUACGCCUCUCUACUGACAGUGUUAACGUCAUUCGUCAUUACGAAAACGACUCGCUUCCUUUUUUUGGACAAAUGUACGUUACUUUACAGUGACUGCUGCAUGGAGGCGUACUAUUAACAUCAACACAUGUAUGAAGCUACACUUUGUAGACAGUGGGUGUAAGAAUGCCAAUUUCAAUCGACAAAGUAUCAAACUGAUAAUAUCGUAUUAUCAAGAAUCUCCAGAGAACAGUUAAAACAUCCACGCGACGGAAAAAGAUUAAUCGUUUAAACUGACUUAACAGAGAAUUGAUGGAGUAAGAAGGAACGUACAAAAGAGUAAAGAAGAAAUAAUCGCCUCUACGGGAAGAAAGAAGGAAGAAUGGAACGUUCCUAAAGUAAAUUAUUCUUACACCGAUGCUGAUUCAGAAUGGAGUCCGUCCGGUGAGUCAAAACGCAAAUGGAGAAAGGUUAGUCGAUGAUCGAUAUUAUGGAAAUUCAUUAUUGUAAGAAAUUUUUCUGAGAUAUAAAUAAUCAACUGUACAUUACUCCAUAAGACUGUGGCAACGUAAAAGGGUCCCACGAGAUCGUGUGUGCGUGUGUGCUGGCGUGCAUGGUACGUGCGUGCGUGCGUGCGUGCGUGCGCAUAUUGCCAAUAUUUCAGACUUCUCAACAUUAUUGUGCAUGUAAAGAGAUCCUUAAAUAAUCAAUAUACAUAUAUUAACACUUUGAGGACGGAGCCGCUUGACAGCGUCGCUGUGGACAAGAGGUAUUGGCGCGCGCAAUUGAGAAAAUAUACAUGUUGAACGUUUAGGUUAUUCAUUGUCCAGAUUUGUAUUAUUUUCAUUAAUAUUUAGUUCAUCAUCACUGUCACUAUUACUAGAAAUAUUGAAAUGUCUAAGCCGAUUCCUUGUUAAACGGAGUUAGUUUCCAUUGUCUGAGGCACUGUCGUCACCUUCUAUCUUGUCAGGUUCAAAAUAAUGUUCGUCAUUACUACUAUCACUAUCGAACAUGUUCUUUCUGGAACUUUUAGGCAUUCUGUAUAAAGUAUUAUAAAAAAUAUAUAAAUUAUAUAAAAAGCUUUCUGAUUCAUCUGGCAAUGCUAUGGAAAGAUUUAAAUUCAUUCUGACUCGACCAUCAUCCUGCAUCGCGAGUUUACGUUAAAUGAAAGAUAAGAUUUCUAAAGAUCUACAAGUUUCUUUCAUCAAAAACAUAAUACUGUUUAGUUUAUUGUACCCAUGUGUAAAUACGCAUAAGAUUAUCGUUCGGAAAAAUAGACAUACGUCAGCCACUUCAAAAUAACUGUACGGAACUGUGAACAGAUUCGAGCGGCUAUACGCCGACACGCGUCCGUAACGGUAAAUAGACUUGGGCGGCUAUUUGUCGACACUCGUCCGUAAAGGAUACAAUAUACAUAUAAUAUAUGAGGAUCUCCUUACAUGCAUAAUAAUAUCGUGUUCAGAACCCUGAAAUAUUGAUAAUAUAUAUAUUGAUCAUUUGAGGGUCCCUUAAACUUAUAAAUACUGUAUAAAUGAGAAGAUAAAUUAUUGUUGGGAGAUAUUUGCACAUUGGAAAAAUGUACAGUACAAUAAUCGAAGAUCAACAUUAGUGUAAUUUUUCGAAGAAUUCCAAAGCAACAAUAUGGAGGAUGUUUAGAUAUCAUAGAUCGUACCUGUAUUCUGUUAGACACAGGUAGUUUCAUAUUAAAAGAAUAAGAACUCUUUUAGUGUUCGUAAUUUCCUGUGUGUAAAAUUGAGCAGUAUUAUCUUGCAUUUUAUCUAAUUUCAAUGAUUACUUAGUUUUGAUAUAGUCCUAAUAAUUUUAAUUCAAUUGAGAAUAUCUAUAAUCAUUUAAUGAAAAUGUUUUCAUUUAUGAAAAAAUUACUUUUGUGUGUAAUUAUGUAAAUAUAAUAUUGUAAUGCAAAAUAAUUGUAAGCAAAGUUUUAUAACUCUUAUAUAGUAUGUGAAAUAAUUUACAUUCACGAAUAAUUCUAAAUGUAUUAUACCAAGCUGCAUAAAGUAUCAUAUUGUGGUAUAAGACAAUUUGAUAUUUUGAUGAGAAUUAAUUAAAAACAAUAUUUAUUAAUAUUAAAAUUAGCUGAGAUGCAGAUUUUUUAUAAGAUUGUGCAUGUAUGUGUAUAAAAAUCAUAAAGUUUUAUGCAACAAAAUAUAAAUUAUUGUAGCGCAUAAAAUUGCCAUUACUUAAUGUUAAUUACUAUUGACAUUACUUUAAUCUUUCCGACAUUGCAAAGUAUUAGAUUUUAUAUUUCUUAAUUUAUAAAAUUAUUUAAAUUCGAAGAAAUAAGAAAACUUACUAUACAAUUUGUACAUGUACAUAAAUGUAAAUAAUACAGCAAAGUAUGAUUUCAGAUACAAAGUUUAUAAAAGAAAGUAUUUGAAUGAUCUCUCCAGUAAUAUUUAAAUUAUAAACUUUUUUAAGAUUUUACUUGCUAGAUUUUUUGUUAUUAUGUUAGUUUUUUCAAUGUACAAAAUACAUACUAAGGUUUCAACAAAGUUUUUAACCAUUCCUAAAAUUUUGAAGAAACUCUUGUUCUUAUUUACUUUAUACUAAACAUAAUAUUUUACAAAAAUUACAAUUUUUAGAGACGAUAUGUCAUGCCAAAUACCUUUUUUAAUUAAUUUAAUUUGCAAAAAAUAUAGCAAAGUAUAUUAAAGUGCUAAAAAUUCGAAGUAUGAUUCUAGGCACUUUAUUCUUUUUUAAAGUAAAUAUUAUGUAUAUCAAAAAAUAUUAAUUACAUUUUGUAAGGUUUGCUUGAAAAGUAUUAUCUAUUGGAAAUUUAUGGUUGACAGUAAUCUUGAAAGCAAUAUUAAAAUAAUAUGUGAUAUUUUAAUUUUAAAGUAGUUUCAGUUUGAUUUGUUGAAUUUUAUACAUCCUAUUAUAUUAAUAAAUUUUAUAAAUUAAUUCUUGCCCUUGUAAAUACAAUCAGAAUUUAUUGUUAGUAUAACUUAUAUGCAACUUAUUUUUAGUGCUGAUAGUUUUUAUCAUUAUCUUUGUAUGUUAUAUGUUUAUAAUAUUUAUGACAAUUUUAAUAUCAGAUAUUGACACUAAACCUAUCGACACUUUUUGUAUAUUUACUCCUUAAAAAAAGUUAUUGCUUUUUGUUGCUCAAUGAAUUAGUAUAUGAAUAACUUUCAUAAAAUAACAGUACAAAUUUAUUUUUAUAUAAUUUCAAUUAGAAACUAGGAAAGAGGAUUAAAAUUGAAAAGUAGUUAUAUAGCUUCUUCUAUUCCUAUACACCUUGUAUACACAUAAAUACACAUUUUUUUAAAUAUAUAAAUAAUACAUAAUCCCAUUCGCUUUCACUGCAUUUUUUUACAAAUUAUUCUGUUCUCGAAUGUACAUCUGCCGUACACAUAUUUUUUGUAAACUCUACAAUAUUUUACUUGACAAGAUUUUCGUACAUGUGAAUUCGAACUUGUAUUUGUUGAUGCUUUUGGUACAUCUUCUUCUUCCUGCGAUUUUUAAUAUGCAGCGUCAAGUUCUUUAACUAACAAGAAUAAAAAUUCCUUCUUUAAAAUUUUUUCUCCCGUUGUUUCUUUAUACAAAACCUAGGCGUUUAUUCCAGCUAGAUCCAGAAUAUUGAAGAACACCUGCAGAGGUUAGCUACAACAUUUCAACUUGACAAUACAUUUUCUUGCCAUUUGGUCAUUUCUUUAGAGAAAUGCCAUAUUCAGAUAGCCUUCCUUUGUACUGAUUGUAUAAGUUUAGGAGAGUAAUACCAUGUUAUCUCGAGCAGUCAAAUAGAUCGGUGACGGUAGAUAGGACAGGCUACAUAUAUUUCUUGGAAAAGAGAGAGAGAGAGAGAGAGAGAGAGAGAGA